GCGUUGGGGAAACGGGGAGCGGAGCUGGAGAUGGAGGUGGGAGGGGCCUGUGCCGGCUGACGUCAGCGGCUGUGUGGAGGAGUAUAGGCUGUGCUGUCAGCCCAGUGUCAGUCUGAUGAAGAUUGGCAUGCAGCCUUCGUGCGGAGCGCUGGACUCUGGGCCUGGAGCUGACAGCACACCCCAUAGUCUCUGCACUGGUGCCAACAAACUCACUUCUGAAUGUGAAGCACUCCCAUGAUGCAACAUGUGUCCCCAGCACCAGCAGUGACAAUGAUGGCCACCCAGAGCGUUCCUCCACCAUCGUACCAGGAGAGCCAACAGAUGACGGGCACCACUCAACAGAACACCAAGACCCCACAGGUCCACAUCCCAGCAGCCUCUGCAGCAGGAAACACCUCGGUCAGCGUGACCCUUGACCCCCAGGCCCAGCUGGAGUCCGACAAAAGAGCUGUUUACAGGCAUCCUCUGUUCCCACUGCUGGCUCUGCUGUUUGAGAAAUGUGAGCAGGCCACACAGGGCUCUGAGUGCAUCACCUCAGCGAGCUUCGACGUCGACAUCGAGAACUUUGUCCAUCAGCAAGAGAGAGAACACAAACCGUUUUUCAGCGAAGACCCAGAACUAGACAAUUUGAUGGUGAAGGCGAUCCAGGUGCUGCGGAUCCACCUGCUAGAGUUGGAGAAAGUGAAUGAAUUGUGUAAGGACUUCUGUAACCGCUACAUCACCUGUCUCAAGACCAAGAUGCACAGUGACAACCUACUCCGAAAUGACCUGGGAGGACCCUACUCCCCUACACACACCAGCCUGGGCCUGCAGCAGGAACUAAUUCAGACCUCCUCUCCACCCAUGACCUCUGUCUCCAGCUCGGUUAACCCCGCGGGGAUCGUGGUGCCGGCCGGCGGUCUGCAGCAGGGAGGCGUGUCCAUGACGACCAUCAACUCUCAAGUGGUGUCUGGUGGGACCCUGUACCAGCCGGUUGCCAUGGUGACAUCACAAGGGCAAGUGUUAACGCAGGGGCUGCCUCCAGGAACCAUCCAGAUCCAGAACUCGCAGGUCAAUGUGGAUUUGUCAUCUCUGUUGGACAGUGAAGAUAAGAAGUGCAAGAACAAGAGGGGGGUCCUGCCCAAACACGCCACCAACAUCAUGAGGUCCUGGCUAUUUCAACAUCUCAUGCAUCCCUACCCAACAGAGGACGAGAAGAGGCAGAUCGCAGCACAAACUAGCCUUACACUGUUGCAAGUAAAUAACUGGUUCAUAAAUGCACGCCGGCGUAUUCUGCAGCCCAUGUUGGACGCCAGCAACCCAGACCCCGCCCCCAAAGCCAAGAAGAUGAAGUCCCAGCACCGCCCCACUCAGCGCUUCUGGCCCGACUCCAUCGUGGCCGGAGUUUUACAGACGCACAGAUCCAACGCUGGAAACAACUCAGACAACCCCCUGAGCAUGGACAGUCUGCAGUCUCUGUCCUCCGACUCGGCCACCCUCGCCAUGCAGCAGGCCAUGCUCGCCGCCGACGACUCCAUGGACGGCACGGAGGAGGAAGAGGAGGAAGAGGAGGAGGACGAGGACAUGGACGAGGGUCUGGAGGACGACGAGGACGAGCUGGGCAUGGACGACGAGCAGCAGGAGCAGAGCCGGCACAUGCUGUCUGCGAGAGAGGACAGGAGAGAGCACACAGACACACUCGAGUAGGGACACAAGGGGGCGCCACCUCUCACCUCUGAACCCUCCGCUCUGAUUGGACAAACUUGACAUUAUCCGAGGGCGUGGUUUGAUCGACGCUUCAUCAGGACUCUCACACAGAGCGCAAUCAGACACAGACGUGACCUUAACUUGAGUGAUAUUAGUUUAAUGAAGGAUCUGGGGACUAUCAUUACACCGGAGAGUUAAAUACAUGGUUAUCUUUUCUAAAGGCGCAUUCACUCAACAACAUGAGUUAAAGCAGUUUUACAUUGACUAACGCAGAAGCACUCGCUCUCACACUUUAGGUACUGAUGUUGAGGUCAAAGGUCAUCCUGCUUCAUCUGAAUACAUUAACUCCUCCGAUGUGCCAUGUAUUUUUAUGCCUAUUUAAGGAGUAUGUCGGUGCCAUUACAUCCUGUGUGAUCAAAAAUGGUGGUAACUCUUAGUAAUAAUUGCAUUGGUCUUUAACUUUUAGCAAGAUAAAUCAGGCGUAGCUCAAGAAGUAGAUCCCCGGGCGUUGCGCUGUGGUACCCGCUGCUCCUGACGGGUUUCUCCAGUGGCGUUGAAGGAGUCAAGUGCAGAAGUUUCCCUGUUUUCCCUUAAAACGCUUAAAUAUUACUAAAACAUUUAAUGAAUUAGUAAGUCUAAAUUAUUGUUUGUUCAUGAAAUUGUGUUGCUUCACAUGUGAGCAGCAUUACCCCGAAUUUACACCUGGAGCUACAGCCACACAAGUAUGUCUAGAGAUAUAUUUGGUUGUCGAUAUAAAAAAAUCUCCAACAGAGGCCAUUAUUUUGUUUUUGGCUGACCUACUGCCUAAAGAGUAUCCAUAAAGCUUUAUUUGAACGGUUAAGUACAAAGAAAUAACAGCACAACCGUGACUACACAGCUCUCGUAUAGAUUUAUGGUAAAAAAUGGCUGAACUUAUAGGCAAUUUAAGUUAUAUAAUUUUGGGAAAAUAAUAGGGAUGUAACAAUAACCGAAAUAUCGUGAUAUUGUAUUGCCGAAGUUCUCACAAUAAUAUCGUGGACCAUCACAAUAUAUCGAACCGUUUAAAUUAAGAGUUAUGGUGCAGCAAUAGCUAAAAGACAGAGGGAACUACAUAGACCAUGAUCCUUUUCUUCCUUUCAGUGUAGACUACAAGAAGAAAUAACAGUUCUAAGCACUUUUAAGUCUAAGUUCUUUGGAUUAGUUUGUCAAGGCAUUUUAAGAAGAAAAAGUAGCAUAUUAACAGUUUUAGCUGUUUAGCCUCCACUGACUCUUAAAAUAAAUAUCGUACCGUGAGAUGUAUAUCGUGAAAAUAUCGUACCGAGAGAUUUGGAUAUUGUUACAUCCCUAAUUGUGAGCCUCCCCACUAUAUCUUGAGAUUUCCCACGAUAUCGCAAUAAAUAUCGUACCUUGAAGUUCAUACCGUGACGAUAUCGUAUCGUGACACUUGGAUAUCGUUACACCUCUAGAUAAUAAUCUAAAUCGACUUUACAUAUCAGCCCAAAACUAUUGGCAUAGCUGAUCAGUCUCUCUGGAUUCUAAACAAUCAAUAUCGGCAUCAGCCUUGAAAAAAAAACCAUCAGUCGACCUCUAAGUAAGCCCGUUGCACACGUGUAUAACAUUACAGGUCUACACUGUCUCACCAGUGAAUAUUCAAAGUGUUUCCUGAGCACAGGCUGCGCUCACCUGUUGAUUCUCCUUCAGUGUAAAUUGGGGGUAAUUCUAAUUCUCGAAGCAUUUUCUAUAUAUUAAACUUGUUUUGGCAAUCAGACGAUCAACAGCAUGUUACAACGUGAUUUUAAAUGAGUUUUGAUGUUUACUCCACAGCAGUGACCUGAUACAAGAAAGAAAGAUGAUAAAAAUGCAGAUUUCUGUGAGAUUUUAGAACAGUUUCCAAACAUGUCAUCUCACUAUUGGCGACUGAGAGAGUGUCCUCCUCACUGUCCCAAACUGAUGUUCUGAGGAGCACUUAAACUUCAACUCAUAGCAUCACUUGAAGAACCAAGAAAGAACUGUCUUAUGUUUGAUUUUACAGUGUUGUGGGUGUACAAUACUUUCAUUUGCUUCACUUCCAAAACACUGACACACACUCGGUCCGUGUACCAUUCGUUCUUUUGUAUUUCACUUAAGAACGAAAACAUAUAAAAUAAAAAUAAACAGGUUGUUAUUUUAUUAUUCUGCUUUAGUGUCAAACAAACAAACAAAAAAAGAUCUCGGCCUCUAUUACCAAUAUUUAAUUUGAAGUUUAUUUCAGCUAACAGUCUCGUUGCCUAUUUUAAUUUGGAUAUUUUAAUCUCUCUGAUUUAUAUGAAGUUCUGCUGCUGAAGGACUUAACUGAAAAAUCGUUGCAAGUUUGUGCCCUCUUCUUUUAUAACGACACGUUUACUUUUGUGUCCUAGAAAGUAAUAGUUGAGCUCCAUGACGAGAAACAGGUAGCAGUGAGGCGAUAAAGUUUGUUCACUUGACAGCACAGAACUAUAAUAAAAAUUAGUUUUUAUUAUAGAUCCAUGGUUUACACUACAGAAGAACUCCCAAGGCAAAUGAACCAGAGAAAAUAAAAUAUCAAAAUUAAAAUAGGCACCAAGAACAUUUUUAAAUGGUGUUAUUUGAAAUAAACUUUAAAUUAAAUAUUGAAAAUAGGGCUUGAAAUCUGUUUUGUUUUUGGUUUUUUGGGGGUUUUUUUGUUUUGGUUUGACACUAAAACGGAAUAAUGAAAUAAUAACCUCUUUUCCCAUUUUACUGAUUUUCAUUCUUAAAUGAAAUUCAUAAGAACAAAUGGUACACGAAUCACACGCACACACUACAGUGAUCUAAUUUUAACAUGUCAAAAAGCAACUAACCUAACAGAACAAAUCAAAUGAAUGUAUUUUGUAAAACCGAUUGGGAUCUUAAAGGACCCAUAUUACACUAUUUUCUGAUAUGUUAUAAUAUUGUUUCCUCAUUACAAACAUACAUAGAGUUGUGUUUUGUUUCAUUCACACAAGUUUAACACAAAUGUUCUUCUCUCAAACAGAAAAGCAUCGUACUCAAACUUGUGUGAAUGAAAAAAAACAAAACUCCAGGUAUGAUUUUUAUGAGGUAACAACAUUAUAACAUGACUUAACACUCACAAGAGUCAAUUUUGUGUAAUAUAGGACCUUUAAACAAGUAAAUAGUCUUUUUGAAACUAAGAAUAUUUAUUAAUUCAGACUACCUAUCACUGCUUUCAUUUUGACAGUUCACUCUUACAGAAAGAAAGGACUAAAGUUGACGGCUCACUUCUGUCCACGUAUUUGUCUGCACAAUUUCUUUUCGACUUCCAGCGCCGGGAAAGACUAUUCUGGCCUUUCUAAAGACUCGAGGCUUCUCAGGUUGAACUGUGCUUCUCAGUACAAGUGGGUUUCUGCAUUGUACCCUUUUAAGCAUGACAAUUUUUCAACCAUGAGUGGAAAAACAACAUAACAGAGACUCUCAUCGCACUUAUAUCGUAGUAUGUAUAUGGGAUUUCCGUUCUGGUGUUAAAAGUUUGCAUAUUUAUUCUAUUAUUUUGACAUGGUGGAGGACAGUCGGUAGCUGAAGGAACGUACAAGAAAGUCUCUCCUUUGUAGCGUUGGUCAAGAGGAAGCUCGCAAUUCAGCAGUUUUUGACCUUGACGCUGGCAAUUCAACGAUCCUGACCCACCGAACUCACCUCAGCUCGGACAACAGUUACAAAGAGUCGGACGAUGUCUAAGGUUUCCCAGGAAGACAACAAUUUAACAGAUUACAAGAAACUGUGAAAGGAGUUCUGCUUUUUUGUUUUGUCCGAAAGUGAAAGAGGAAAUGUGAAAUUGAAUGUCCUGACUAUUCAUCGUGAAGUUCCUUGCUCAUUCAUAUCUUCCCAUUGCUUUUUCUAAAUGGAUCUUCCAGAACAAGUGACAGACUCUAC